UUAAUUCUACAGAGUUCCAUGCUAUGAAAGUACACAGGAAAAAAAAAAACCUUCAACUGGAAAUAGCAGAAAAGUAUAUAGUGUAGGCUUUUAUCACUACUGACUUGGAAGGAAGAAUUUUAAGCUGUUGUUGGAACCUUGCUGUAAUCCCAUACAGUCAGAGAGACUGAUUUGUAAGAAACUUGCACGGUUAUGGGAGGCUUUAGUGUAGUUUGUUUUACUUGACUGAUUAAAACAGUCAGCUAUAACUUUAAGCACUUUUGAUGCUACCAUUUUUCGAGAAAACUUUACUAUUUUUUGGACAUGCAAAUCUAAAAAUUUACUGCAUUUUUUAAUCUGUACCUUAAUAAAGUAUCUUAAGGUACCUUAAUAAGAUACGAUUUUUAAACUUUUUUUUUCAAGUAUAGCUGAUGACUUUUAGAGCUGCUACGUCUGAUUAUGCACCCAGCAAAGUAAUGCAUUGUUAUAUUAAACAAGCAAGAAGAGCAGAGUGAGAGAAGCAGACAAAGGCAGUCUGCAGGACAGGAUGCUCUUGAGAGCUGCAAGGGGCUGUGGAUGCGUGCCCUGCACAGUUGACUCUGUGCAUGCUUCAGCACCAUAGAAGCGCACUGGUGUAAACAGGAAAGGCCACAGAAAACAUUUUAUCAAAGUUUUUAAUUUCUUUUAGUUUGCUAUUUUUUAGUUCAGGCAGUAAUGUGAGAAGAAAGUGGAAAAGUGGUAUUGAUACCCAUUAAACAGGGACUACUGUUAAUACAAUGUGCCGUUUUGAAAAAAAUAUACCUUCAUUCAUUAUACUUGUCUAAAUAUGACCUUCUUGUUGUUACGUGCAUUUCAGAUUUCUUUUUAUAAAUGUUAACAUUUAGAAAAAGUAAGAUCAACGUAACAGGUGUGAGCCUAAUCGUCAGUCAUAACUUUAUGUCCACAUUUUCUGGUAGAUGGAUUUUGACUAUUAAUUUGGUUUUGUAUGUUUUCUCUAUGUGAUAUUUGUGCAUUAUUAGAUGACUAGACUGGCCAAGGCAGACCUGUUACACUUGCCUGAGUUAGGCAUUGUUUGCCAUGCCACUAAACCUGCCGCCAAGUGAAACCUUCAUUGGGGAAAUGAGAUCGGAGUCUGAACCGCAGAAGAUGGACGCCCUGUCUCUGUUUUUAUUGUUUUGCUUUAAUUUCAUUUCUUUUCCUUUUGUCCCUUUUUUUGUUUUGUUUUGUUUUUGUUUUGUUAAAUCUUUCCACUUUUAACGUAUGAGCUGGUUUUCCAGUUCUUUCUGAAUGGUAUUCCAUUAAGAGGUCAUAAUACGUUGCAAAUUUAUGGGGAAUGAUUAACAGAACUCAACCUUGAGAUGAACCAAAUUGUCCUGCCUUGAGUUAGAUGCAAUGCUGUGAAGAUUCUCAGGCCUUCGGGCUGCUCUUGUGGGCUGCUGAGGUACAUUUUGAUCUUCAAACAUUAAAACACUUACGAGAAUCUUAGGAACAUUUCCUGAUGGGCUCAGUGCAUAUUUUUCCCUAAGUCUACAUCUCUCAUAAAAACCAACUGAUGCCUUAUAAUUUUUGUCCUUCCCUUAGAACUGUAGGCAUAUAAAACCAUCAAGGAAAAUAAGUGCAUUUCUUUUACCAUCUGAAGGUAGGGGGAGGUCUUUGUCUUUUAUUACCUUGGUGUUAUGAAGCCUUUUGUAGCUUCUGGGGAAAUGGAGAAAAGUGUUCAUUAUUUAUUUGCAUGCAUUUGUUUGUUUGUUUGCUUGAACUUUUUUGUUGAAAACUCUUCAGAAGUUACUAGCCCUUGAAGUGGACUCUGAAGUGAGAACUCACAGUAGUAGGAGAGAUGUCUGCCUCCGCUUUGAAGUGUAGUUUGGGGAAAAUGCUAAAUGCUUCCUUGUUUGACACUUCUCUGUCCUCCAGGGGAGCUUUAGAGGACGCGGGUUACAGAGUUAGAGUUUGGAAUAGUACAAUGGAGUUUUCCUUAAGAGUAUCUUUACUAGAAUAAGACAGAAAUAAUAUGAGCUUAAAGUCACUGAUUUUUAACAGUUUAUUGUUAUGAGGUAGGGAAAAUCUGAUAGUCUACUAAUACUUAAGACAGAGCUGAGGCCUCACAGUACUAAGUAAUGAAUUUGGUUCAUGUUGAAUACCUUAUUGUCUGUGUAGUCUCUAUACUGUAUGGAUAGCUGGGUCUGGUUAUUGACAAAUAAUAUUAAAUUUGACACAUUACUAGAUUGCAACUCAGGUUAGAAUAAAUUAGGGUACCGAAGCAUAGAGUGUAUACCUGGGAUGGCAGGCAUUCAUCAAAGGUGUUCAGGUUUUAAACCUUAAGAAAGAUCUCUGUGUGUUUAAUAGAUACAAUGAAUGUGAUACUAAUAUAAAUAGUCUAUAUAUGGGUAUAUGUAGAUGAGUAGUAAUAAUAGUAGUUCAUUGUUAUUUUAUAUCUUCAGAAAGGCUUAAUUAUCAUUCUGCAUGUUAAGAAAUUUGUCCUUCAGAAUUUAAAAGUAAUAACCUCAUUUUUUAAAUUAGAUAAAUUUAGAUGCUGUAGAAUUAGAAAGUAUGCAUUUGCCAAAGCUGCUAAACUGUAAUUCUGUUUUUGUUUUUUUUUUUUUCUAUAGAUAAGCUAAAACCAUUAUCUAAAGUUUUAAAUUACAACUUGAAUUCCAUCUGUGCUUUGAAGUCUUUCGUGAGAGAUUGUUUAGCUAUUUAUCUCUGUGCAUCUGGUUGUUGUAAAUAGGAUUUACCACUGAAACCAAGGCAUAAUGCUUUUGAAAAGUUACCACAUAGAUUUCAGCUUGUGUGAUUUUUAAAAAAGCAGUUUUAAGACACUCUUAAUGAAUUAAUAGAAAUGGUAAUAUAUAUAUUUAAUCAAGUUUGAGAAAUAUACCCACUUCCCAUUUUUGACUAAGAAGAUAGAAAAAUAUGAGUUUUAGUUUUUGUCAAAUUGUUUUAAAUUCAGGAACCAAAUAUGGCAGAUCAUGAACUUCAAUUUUUUGAAAAUUCAUACAUUUUUUAAAGUUGCAGGCAUAUUUUCUUAAAUGGUUUUACUAUUACUAAAAUGAUUUUAUUAUUACUCCUGUUAGAAAAUUACAGGCUUUAUAAGAAAACAUUUGUAAGCAUUAGUUAUUGUUCUCAGAUAAGUAAACAUAAACUGCAUCUAAAGUUAGUGUUUUAAGAAGUUUCCUGAGACUAGGGAAAUUUUGUUGGUUCAGUCCCUGAUUUUUUUUAUCAGUUGCCUAAGGCAUCUUUGGGAUUGGAUUCUCUCUAGGCAUUAGUCGGUGAAGUGCCUUAUUGAUGAGUGGGUAUGGACUUUUUUAAAUUCAAGUUGAUUAUGUGUUUAAGUUUUCUGUUUUCCUCUGUUUAUUUGAGGUUGAGUGGAGUCUUUUGGAGGGAUUAUUAAAAUUGUUUGCUUCUCAAGUAGGUAGCUUCAGUAACAGGAUAGAGACACUCAUUAUGGAGCAAAUUUCAAUUCGCACAUAUUUGUUUUGUUUUGUUUUUUUUCUUUUUCUUUUCUUUUCUUUUUUUUCUUUUCUUUAUUUUUUUUUCUUUUUUAACUAAUUUGGUUAUUUGCCAUUUCUGGGGAUUAAACUUUAAAAAAUGUUCUUCUUUUCUGUAUCUGAUGUUCUGUGUGCUAUUAGUGACGCAGCCAACACGAACGGUUGUCAUGUGUAACACAACUUUCGAUCACCGCGAAAACAGCGUCCUGGGAAAGCGUCCAUGCUUGAUAUCGUUUGGUUCAUGAACAUUAAGUUUCCAGUACAGGUAAAAUCCCAGAAGAAGCCAAAGCCCUCUCUUUACUGGCUCCUGCUCCAACCAUGACAAGCCUGGUACCUGGUGCGGGGUUACUUCCCAUCCCGACCUCCAGUCCUCUGACGGCAGUGAGUAGUCUUGGUGUUUCACUUAGCAGUUUGGGAGCUAUCCCAGCAGCAGCACUGGACCCAAAUAUUACAACACUUGGAGAGAUCCCACAGCCGCCACUUAUGGGAAAUGUGGAUCCUUCCAAAAUUGAUGAAAUUAGGAGAACAGUUUAUGUUGGAAAUUUGAAUUCACAGACAACGACAGCUGAUCAACUACUUGAAUUUUUUAAACAAGUUGGAGAAGUGAAGUUUGUUCGGAUGGCAGGUGAUGAGACUCAGCCAACUCGGUUUGCUUUUGUGGAAUUUGCAGACCAAAAUUCUGUACCAAGGGCUCUUGCUUUUAAUGGAGUUAUGUUUGGAGACAGGCCACUGAAAAUAAAUCACUCCAACAAUGCAAUAGUAAAACCUCCUGAGAUGACACCUCAGGCUGCAGCUAAGGAGUUAGAAGAAGUAAUGAAGCGAGUACGGGAGGCUCAGUCAUUUAUCUCAGCAGCCAUUGAACCAGAGUCUGGAAAGAGCAAUGAAAGGAAAGGCGGUCGAUCUCGUUCCCACACUCGCUCAAAGUCCAGGUCUAGCUCAAAAUCCCACUCUAGAAGGAAGAGAUCACAGUCAAAGCACAGGAGUAGAUCCCAUAAUAGGUCACGCUCAAGACAGAAAGAUAGACGUAGAUCCAAGAGCCCACACAAGAAACGCUCUAAGUCUAGGGAAAGGCGGAAGUCAAGGAGCCGGUCGCGGUCACGGGACAAGAGGAAAGAUACCCGAGAAAAGGUGAAGGAAAGAGUGAAGGAGAAAGAGAGGGAAAAGGAGAGAGAGAGGGAAAAGGAUCGUGAAAAAGACAAGGAGCGGGGUAAAAACAAAGAUAAAGACCGUGAGAAGGAAAAGGACCAUGAUAAGGAUCGAGACAAAGAGAAGGAGAAGGAACAAGAUAAAGACAAGGAACGGGAAAAAGACAGAUCCAAAGAGACAGAUGAAAAACGGAAGAAGGAGAAGAAGUCCCGAACACCCCCCCGAAGUUACAAUGCAUCACGACGAUCUCGUAGUACCAGCAGGGAAAGGCGGAGGAGGAGGAGCAGGAGUUCUUCCAGAUCUCCAAGAACAUCAAAGACUGUAAAAAGAAAGCCUUCUAGGUCUCCGUCUCCCAGAGGCCGAAAUAAGAAAGAGAAAAAGAGAGAAAAAGAACGGGACCACAUCAGUGACAGGAGAGAAAGAGAGCGUUCCACCUCCACAAAAAAGAGUUCUGGCGACCGAGACGGGAAGGAGAAAGUGGAGAAGACUACCACACCAGUUAAGGAAAAGGAACACAGUAAAGAGGCAGAUGCAACUGUGAGCAAAGAUGCAGAUGAGAAGGGCUCUCCAAGGACUGAGGAAGAAAGUGAAGUACAGCACAAUGGGAACUGCCAACCAAAUGAGGAGAGCCUGUGCAGCAAGGCCGAUGCCGUGUAGGCCUGCCCGCUCUGUCUCCUCCACGGCGGGAUCAAACCCAAAGCUUUCAGUUCAAAACAAGGUGUAAAUGGAAAAAGAAAUCCAUAUAUGGUAACUAAAGCUUUUCCAGCUAUGAGGUGACAUUGUGGACAUCUUGUUACUGAGCAUGGACAUCACGAAAUACCAGAUGUUACCCAAACUGACCAUCUUCUGAAGUCUGCAUUUCCAUGGUGGCUGCCCCACUGUCAUGUGGUGGGUGCAUCAGUGUUUGCCAGAAAAGCAGAGCUCCAGAGUGGAACUGACUGUCCAGGAGAUGCACAGUGGAGGCUCUUUAACAAAUGCUAGUUACUGAGUUUUGUAUUGUUUUACUUUUUUAAAAAAAAAAAAAAAUUCAAUAUAUACAGUUUGAUGACGUGCUUGAAAUUUGUGCAGAUAUACAUACGACACUCUUGUAAAGUGCAAAUUAUGUAAGAAGUUUUAACGUUGACUUCACAGGGAUUGCAGUGAUUGUGGUAAAUCCUCACUACUGGGUUUUCUUUUGCUCACUGUUUUGGACAUGAGUUUUUCUUUAAAACAGUUUUACAGAUUAACAUUGCUUAAAUAAGUGAUUAAAAACCAACUGACAAUGCAUGCUACUGUUCUUCCGAAGAAGAACAGAUGUGUGGAAUACUAAUAACGUAUUCAGUGUUCAGAAUCAUUGGGUCUGCCAUAAAUGAGCAUUUCUUCUUAACCUUCCUUAACAUUUCCAAGCUCAUGAAUAAUACUGCAGUGUGUCUUGUCAGCUGUAGGUGGCAAAGAGGCCCUUAGAAAACGGAAAUUGAGUUUUCACAAACGGGCUAUUGGAGCACAAGCUGAAGCUUUAGUGCCUUCUACAAUGUGUGGUAUACUGUUCCUAGGAUUUGUAUGUGCUAGUCAGUUUCAAUUCAUUUGGCAUCUAGUUGGCUGUGUGCUAUUCACCCAUUAGGAGUGUUCAGUUGCUGUGUCAGAAGCACUUCUCCGUACUUCAGAUGAGAAAAGGAAGUCCUGUUUACAAGCUAUGUGGAGGUUCAGACAACAAUGGCGUUUGGGGACCACCAGUUUUAUACUGUGAUGAUUAAACAGGAGACAUGCUCUUACAUGAUCAGAGGAAACCUAUGAGUUGACUUCAUUGGAUGGCCUUAAUAUUGCCUUGCAGUCAUUUUCUCCCAAUGAUGCAGACAUUAUACUUAUGGAAGGACUAGGAGCAUAAAUUUGUGUUUAAUGAUAUGCUUACUGGAAUUUAAGAGACAAGGUCAUCCAUCAAUCUUAGUUCAACUUCCUGCAGAAGGUAGGCAAGCAGUAAAACAGCAUCUGUGUUGAUGUUUUCUCCAAAACUCUACACUCUAGGUAAUGCACUCUUCAUUACUGUUACACUUCCAAAACAAACAAAGCCCCACUUUUAAUUUGCAAAGGUUAUUUGAAAAUCAAGUGUGAUUAUUUUAGCAGAACCUAAUACAAUCAAAUUACUCAGUUGCCUUACCUCAUGAAGAGUUAUGUUCACAGAUUUAAAAAGCCAAGUAGCACUUUAGUUCCUUGGUUUCAGUUUGAGUCUUUUUUUCACAUUAAUCAGAAGACUAGAAAGGCCCGUUCUGCAAAUCACAAAGCCUGGUCCGCUUAUGAAGCUGCUUAAUCAUCUUCAGGUGUUUAGAGUUAGGGUGUGUGUGUGUGUGUGUGUGUGUGUGUGUGUGUGUGUUUCCUUUUUUGUCAUUGUGUACAUUAAACUUUGGAAAAUGCUUUACUAUGUAAAGUAUAGAUGGCCAUUUUAAUCAUUUAGCCACAUAUGGUUGGCUAAUAAACAGCUUAUUCUGAUAGAGAAACAUUUGGACCUGUGGAGAAAUUGUUAAGGAGUGUCUCACUUCAACCGCUGUCUUAUUUAUGAAAUGUAAGUAGACUAGAGCAAAUGUUGGAAUCGUUGUUAUUUUUUAGUACCAUUUCUCUAAUAAAGUUGAGUAUUUUAGCGGAAA